UUUCAUUACAAGAUGUUGGUGUGGUCAAUCAUAUUAUUUUCGGUGGUCGGACUAGCCAACCCUGCACCGGUACCGAACGUGCCGUUCUUUGGAUUCCCAUUCCCAGGUGGUAACGUGGAGUCUUCGUCCACGUCGUCUCAUUCAUCCUCCUCUUCUUCCUCGGCGUCGUCGCAAUCCUCUUCGUCUUCGUCUAGGUUCUCCUCUGGUUUGUUGCCGGUAGUGUUGCAACCGGCGAUUGCCGUAGGCCAAGAACUCACAAACAUAUUUUCGGUCGGACAGGGAGGCGCGAAUUCCCAGUCCAAUAUAGCAAAGUUUUAUGGCAAUGAGAACUUGAACGCCAACUCGCAAGGCCAUUUCGGAAAUGUUGAAUCUUCCGCCGGACAGAUCGGCUUGACUAAUGCAAAUACCAAUUUCAAUACGGGAUUCUCGGAAGCAAAUACGAACCUGAACGUAAACGCGCAAUCCAUCGGGCAAAGUAGCAGCUUGCUUCAAAACCAACAGAACUUGAACGCUCAGCAAUUUUCGAACGCCGGUAUUCAGCAGGGAGUGUCCGUUAUUCAAGGUUCUGGAGCUCUCGCGAAUGCUGGACAAAACCAAAAUCAGGGAUUGAAUCAGAAUAACGGAGCUGACAACUUGGGUGGAAAGAUAAGUUACUACGCCCAAAGCGGACCCGUAGUACACAUUGUCAGAGCUGACAAUGAUCUCGGCGUUACAGGAUCAGGCAACAAUCAAGGAUCUGGAUCUGUCAAUGCCGCUGGAGCCGUUGUCAAUGCGGGUCAAGUUGGCAGCCAAUUUUUUCAGGGGAGCCAGAACAGUGGAUCUUAUGCGAACGCUGCAAACCAGGAAUUCGAACACGCCGACGCCGAUAAGUUAGAUUUUGUGGGAACAAACACUGGCUAUAGUAAUCUCGACACGGCUGUGACAGGCGAACAGACCCAAUUCGAUGGAGCUUCUUCCCUCGAUGUAGCCAACAUUGGUCAAGCCGGAGGACACCAGAGUUCUUCAUCCUUCUUUGAAACUAGCUCAAGCGGAAGCUUCGGCGGUUCCGAAUCUAAAAGCAGAUACGCUGGAAAUCCGUUUCUCAAUUCUCCACGUCAUUUCUCAUCCGGAUCUUCUGGAGCUGUCAACACGAACACUGCCGAAGUGAACGUUAACGCUGGAACGAACAUCAAUUUGAACACGAAUACUGAUAACUCUGGCUCUUAUUCCGAGACGAAUGUCAACAUGAAUACAAACACUGCUGAAGUGAAUGUUGAUGCUGGAACGAACACAAAUACUUAUGACUCGGGCUUUUAUACCGAAACGAGUGACAACGCGAAUACAAACACCGCCGAAGUGAACGUUAAUGCUGGAAUGAACACAAAUACUUAUGACUCGGGCUUAUAUACCGAAACGAAUGACAACGCGAAUACAAACACCGCCGAAGUGAACGUUAAUGUUGGAACGAACACAAAUACUUAUGACUCGGGCUUAUAUACCGAAACGAAUGACAACGCGAAUACAAACACCGCCGAAGUGAACGUUAAUGCUGGAACGAACACAAAUACUUAUGACUCGGGCUUAUAUACCGAAACGAAUGACAACGCGAAUACAAACACCGCCGAAGUGAACGUUAAUGUUGGAACGAACACAAAUACUUAUGACUCGGGCUUAUAUACCGAAACGAAUGACAACGCGAAUACAAACACCGCCGAAGUGAACGUUAAUGCUGGAACGAACACAAAUACUUAUGACUCGGGCUUAUAUACCGAAACGAAUGACAACGCGAAUACAAACACCGCCGAAGUGAACGUUAAUGUUGGAACGAACACAAAUACUUAUGACUCGGGCUUAUAUACCGAAACGAAUGACAACGCGAAUACAAACACCGCCGAAGUGAACGUUAAUGCUGGAACGAACACAAAUACUUAUGACUCGGGCUUUUAUACCGAAACGAAUGACAACGCGAAUACAAACACCGCCGAAGUGAACGUUAAUGUUGGAACGAACACAAAUACUUAUGACUCGGGCUUAUAUACCGAAACGAAUGACAACGCGAAUACAAACACCGCCGAAGUGAACGUUAAUGCUGGAACGAACACAAAUACUUAUGACUCGGGCUUUUAUACCGAAACGAAUGACAACGCGAAUACAAACACCGCCGAAGUGAACGUUAAUGCUGGAACGAACACAAAUACUUAUGACUCGGGCUUUUAUACCGAAACGAAUGACAACGCGAAUACAAACACCGCCGAAGUGAACGUUAAUGUUGGAACGAACACAAAUACUUAUGACUCGGGCUUAUAUACCGAAACGAAUGACAACGCGAAUACAAACACCGCCGAAGUGAACGUUAAUGCUGGAACGAACAUAAAUUUGAACACGAAUACUGAUAACUCUGGCUCUUAUUCCGAGACGAAUAUCAAUGCGAAUACAAACAUCGCCGAAGUGAAUGUUGAUGCUGGAACGAACAUCAAUUUGAACACGAAUACUGAUAACUCGGGAUCUUAUUCCGAGACGAAUGUCAACAUGAAUACAAACACUGCCGAAGUGAACGUUAAUGCUGGAACGAACAUCAAUUUGAACACGAAUACUGAUAACUCGGGAUCUUAUUCCGAGACGAAUGUCAACAUGAAUACAAACACUGCUGAAGUGAACGUUAAUGCUGGAACGAACAUCAAUUUGAAUACCAAUUCUGGUGAGGCAAAUUCUCAUUCCGAAGUGAAUCUGAAUUCUGCCACUGCUGUAAACUCUUAUGCACAUGAUGCGAAUGUGAUUAAGAAUAAUGGAGCGUCUGAGGCCGUGAGCAUCGGUGGCAAUACUGCUGGUGUGAGUCAAGUUAUCAAAAACUUUCAAUCGGGCACGGAAAUAUCUAAAUCCUCGAGCAACGUCCAAGGCCAACAGCGGCCCAAUACGGAAUUUGGCACAUUUGAAGCAAAGUUUCAGCAGAGUAGCAGCUCUGGCACUGGCUCCAGCAAAUCAGCGUCUCGCAACAGCAGCUUUUCAGUUUCAAGUUUUUCUGGAAAUCCUCUCCCUGGUGAUAAGCUGCAAUCGACAUGGUCAACUUCGGUAGUGGGUUCAAAAAGCACGGGAGGCAGCCGUUUCUCGGGAAUCACAGGCCAGCAACAAGUGAAUCUACAUGUUAAUCCGCUUUUGAGUUCUGUCACUCGAAAUACAGGCUCCAUUGUUUCUACUUCCAUAAUGACUCCAUCGGGGUCCCAAACCCGGUACGUCAACUAUGGAGGAAACUUAGGACAAAGUUUGAAUGAGAAAUACGGAAGCGGAGUUAACAUUUUAGUAACUGGCCCCGUUGAUCACGGAGUAGGACGUUUUACGACCAGUCAGAUUGGCAACAUCAAGAAUCCUGGCACAAUUGUGCUACCCAACAUCGUGAGAUCUCCGGGUUUUACUACCAAUCUGUUUGGUUGAACGCUUUGAUAUCUACAAUGUGCGUUCUCGUAGGAAGGAGAAUAUACCUUAUAAGAGAAAGCCCAUAUAUAGGGACGGCUAAUUUUGUAUUGCUAUGUUUUAAACGCAUUACGACGAUCUUCAUCUAAAAUUUCCAAGAUCCAGAUCUUGACAUUCCUGGGUAAGAAUUCGGAACAGGACCACUAGUUCCUAUCCAACACAGCACUUUCAUUUUGUUUUUCAAUAACGACAAUUAUUUGAGCUCUGAAACAUGUAUGAGAAAGUUACUAAUACGAUACCUACAAUCCAAGUAAUGUAAGAUUCUGGCCGAUAUACGUAUUAAUCAUAACUGAAUCGGGCUAAGAGCCAAGUAUCGUUGUACGUCAGUAAGUUACUUUACAUGCCAUUAAUGUCAUAUAAUCGCUAACAACUGUGAGUUUUGUAAUUUUUCGUAAAUUAGGCGUAGGCUAAGAAUUUGGCGGUCCAGGUUUAUGCGUGUAUUGUUCAGCCUAUGUAUCAAACUGUGCAGAACACUUCGUGUGGUCUAACAUGUUUUUAUUUCCCUGUAUAACCGCUAAGUGAAUAUAGAAAUAGUACAUUUAGUUUCUAUACCAUACAAUGAAUAGACAUUUAUGCAUGGCUUUCACCGAAUAUUCUUCAUUUAUUGACCACUUCUCAAGCCGCAUUCAGGGAGCCAGGCGUAAUUCAGUCACAACCAUC